AGCGACCAACAUAGUUUUGCGAAAUUCAAACGACGAGCAACAACUCGACGCACGGAAAGAAUAAAACGAAUAAUUGCACGAAAAGUUAAUUACAAGCCGCAGACUUGGAGUACUACGUGACCGCAUUAAAGGCAACUAGCGCCUAUCAUAUAGUGAAAUUACGCAAAAAUCGAAGACGCAAAGAGAGGCAACAUGCUAAGAUUGGCAAUAGCAAUACUUCUGACAGCCGCGCUGCAACCGGUCAUGUCACAGCUGCCGCACAGCGCAGGACUACCAUCCCAACAGGGCUUGGCACGUCUGCUAUUCACCUCGCGAAUUACGGCUCUCAACCCGCAAGUGUCGGUGGCGUGUUUCACCGAUUACAUCAGGCAUUCAAAUUCGAUCAGCGAAGCUUACGGUCAGGACUACAAACAAUGCCUGCUCGAAGCGAGCGAGGAACGCAAACAAAUUGACGAUGAUUCGGCGAGGGAACGUCAGGAAGUUGUGCAUGCAGCCGAGGCGGUAUGCAGCAGUUUACACGCUUGUAAUGAGGUCAGCAAUACUUUGGAACUGUUCAACUGUCACACGAAAAUUGGCAGUGCGAACACCAAGGCCAUAUACAGCAUAUCGGGUAAUGCCUCCGAACAUGCGACCGUGUUGCAAGAGCGCUACCGUCGCAUCGAAUUGCAUCAUCAGCAGUGCUGUCAACGCGCUGAGCGGCGCUAUGUGGCAGAUACUGCAAGUAACUAUAACUACUUGCAGGCCUGUCUGGAUGGACAUGUGCAGCCAACCACAAGUUCCACCACAACAAUAACAGUACCAACAACUAGUUCCAUCACAACAACAACAACAACAACCACUGAGGCACCAGCCCCACCGCCAGAACCGAUGACGUUACAAUCGUCACCCUCCACAGUCUACGAUGAACUAACGACCACUGAGCAGUCCCAAAACAUACAACAACAAGUAGCACAGAUUUUAAACUUAUUAAAUUGACCGCCGGUAAAAUCAAGGAAUUCUUCGGCGGUUAAAUAAUACCAAAAAGCUGUGAGGUUAUGUGAAUAGGAUUGAAGGGAGGA